UUCCCUGCAGCAAGACCCUGCAGCGGAGCCGUAAGAUGGGGAUGGGCCGCAAGAAGUUCAACAUGGACCCCAAGAAGGGGAUCCAGUUCCUGGUGCAGAACGAGCUGCUCCGGCUGACGGCCGAGGACGUCGCCCGCUUCCUGUACAAGGGCGAGGGGCUCAACAAGACGGCCAUAGGGGAUUACCUGGGGGAGAGGGAGGAGUUCAACCUGGGCGUGCUCCACGCCUUCGUGGACCUGCACGAGUUCACGGACCUGAACCUGGUGCAGGCGCUGAGGCAGUUCCUUUGGAGCUUUCGGCUGCCGGGGGAGGCGCAGAAAAUCGACCGCAUGAUGGAGGCCUUCGCGCAGCGGUACUGCCUCUGCAACCCGGGGGUCUUCCAGUGCACAGACACGUGCUACGUGCUGUCCUUCGCCGUGAUCAUGCUCAACACGAGCCUGCACAACCCCAACGUGCGGGACAAGCCCUCGGCCGAGCGCUUCGUGGCCAUGAACCGCGGCAUCAACGACGGCGGGGACCUGCCCGAGGAGCUGCUCAGGAACCUCUACGAGAGCAUCCGGAGCGAGCCCUUUAAGAUCCCGGAGGACGACGGCAACGACCUGACCCACACCUUCUUCAACCCGGACCGCGAGGGGUGGCUGCUGAAGCUGGGAGGUAGGUGCCCCCCCCCCUUUACCCAUCCCCUUCCUCCUCCCAUCCCCCUUUGGAACCCCCCCAAUGUGGCUCCAUGGGGACCCCCCCACACCUCACCCCCCCCCCCCCCCCCAGGCGGGCGGGUGAAGACGUGGAAGCGCCGCUGGUUCAUCCUCACCGACAACUGCCUCUAUUACUUCGAGUACACCACGGACAAGGAGCCACGCGGGAUCAUCCCAUUGGAGAACCUGAGUAUCCGGGAGGUGGAGGAUCCCCGGAAGCCGCACUGCUUCGAGCUCUACAUCCCCAACAACAAGGGGCAGCUCAUCAAGGCCUGCAAGACGGAGGCCGACGGGCGCGUGGUGGAGGGGAACCACGUCGUGUACCGCAUCUCGGCGCCCACCCGCGAGCAGAAGGACGAGUGGAUCAAGGCCAUCCAGGCCGCGGUGAGCGUGGACCCCUUCUAUGAGAUGCUGGCGGCGCGCAAGAAGCGGAUCUCGGUCAAGAAGAAGCAGGAGCAGCCCUGAGGGGGGGGGGGACACCCCCGGACCCCCCCCAGCCCCCCCC